AGAGAUGGUGAGCAAAAAGAAGAAGUUAAAGGCACAGAAGCGGAAGAUGGCUGAGUCAGGUGAAGACAUCAACUUGAUCGAGAUUCCGCUUCAGAAAUGCAAAGUCGAAGACCAUGACAAGGCUGUAGCAAAUGGGAAGGAGAACGAUAUGGAUCAAAAAGAUGGUCAAGCCCUGCUUCCCACUCGCGAAUCCCUAGCUCAUCAACUGUUGGUCGCAGUUCGAGCCAAGCACUUCGUAAUCCUGGAGGGUCCCAUAGGAUGCGGAAAGACAUUCUUGUACUCACAUAUAAGCAAUGAGCUGCAGUUGCCACUCCGAACAAUGCAGAUGGGAGAUCAGAUUGACUCAAAAAGUUUGUUCGGAUAUUAUCAUUGCACAGAAGUAGCUGGCCAGUUUAUAUGGAAGACUUCAAAUUUUUGCCAAUGGCUGAGCGAACCAUGCUUGAUUUUACUAGAAGAUAUCGAUUCGGCCAAUGCCGAUGUGAUUUCCAAAAUUGUACAGUUGGCAUCUGAUAGAAAUGUUACUAUUCCAACGGGAAAAGAACUGGUUUUCCAUGACGACGUUCGAAUCUGCGCUACAGUGAGCGGUAAAGGAAAGAAAAAUAGCGUGCUUAAUGGUGUGCCACUUCGAUUCUCGCUGAACGAAUUAACAGAUGAGGAACUUCGGCGACUCAUUUCGAAGGCCUCGCCGAGAAUUGCUCAUUUAAAAAAAACGCUCAUAUCUAUCUUUCGAGCAGUACAAUCUGUCCCUCCUACCACCAACUCUCGGGUGCUGACAUCAUCUGAUUUGCUACGUGCUUGUGCAAGGUUGAAUAAACUCACUGAUCUCUCAUCUAACAUGGCUAUAUUUACUGAACUGGUGGAUACAUGGUGUCUCGCGGAUACAUCCGAUAGAGCACUAACGCUUUGUCACAAAGUGGCCGCUCCGUUGUCCAUCACUACUGACCAAGUGAAUUUUCACCUCCUUCUUCGACAGCCAACUUUCUCACAUGAUGAACGCUUCAUUACUGUUGGUCGCUGUCGCCUGCCGAGCUCACCAUCAUUGAGCAGUUCGGAAAAACAUCGCUUAGGUCACACAAGGGAUGUACUUCAACUAAUGGAACGGAUAGCUGUGUGUGUUCAAAAUUGUGAACCGGUUUUACUAGUAGGAGAAACUGGUGUGGGCAAGACUUCCAUAGUCCAGGCUCUAGCCUCCGCGGUCAACGUAUCUCUUAAGGUUGUUAAUCUCAGCCCAUCUUCGGAUAGCGAUGAGCUGAUCAGUGGGUAUAAGCCCACCAAUAUUGCUCACAUUUUGAAGCCAUUCACGGAUUUCUAUCACGAUGUGUUUACCAGCAACUUCAGUGUUGCCAAGAACCAAAAGUUUCUCAAUCAUUUGGAGGCAUGUCUCUCCCAUGGUCGUUACAAGGACUACUUGACUGUUGCAAUUGCAACGGCUGAAAAGGCUUUGAAGAAAGAAUCAACGAAAAGGGACGUUCGCUGGGCCUCCGUUAUAGUACGUGGCAGACGGAUCAGAGAUGGUUUAGAUCGUAAUGCGGCUCCAUUUACUAUGAGCCGUGGAGCGGUGCUGGAAGCUGCACAGGAAGGGCAUUGGCUUCUCAUUGAUGAGAUCAACCUGGCUCCUCCUGAAAGCCUUGAUGCCAUCGUCAAUGUAAUCUCGAAGAACACUCAUCCAAAUUUUCGACUUUUUGCUUGUAUGAAUCCAGCAACUGAUGCUGGGAAACGCAGGCUGCCGUCAAGUGUGCGGACCCGGUUUGUCGAGUUUUUCGUUGGCGAAAUCCAUGAUGCUCAUCAGCUGCAGCUGGUCGUUUCCACAUAUGUACCAUCUAUGAAAUCAGCCACUGUUACCAAUCUUGUGAACUUCUACUUACAAACCAAGCAACUACACCCUUCAAGCUACAGUCUGCGCACACUUUGUCGAGCACUUUGUUUUGCCACCGACAACGUCUUUGGGAAUGAGGAUAGAAAUGUCUACGAAGGGGUUUGCAUGGCCUUUCUUACAAACCUUGAUGCUGAAGCGAAACAGAUGAUGAGGGCUAAAAUCGCGCAAACAUUCCGGGCUGCUACAAACAUCGUUCCUCCUUCUCCAUUUGCCAAAGAAAAUUGCGUAUCGAUCGAGGGUUAUUGGAUAGAGCGUGGUGCAAAUCUGCCUGAGGAGGACCCAAAUUAUGUUGUAACCAAAACUGUCAAAGUUAAUCUAGCUGAGAUUGGUAGAAUUGUCUCCAGCGGAAGGUUCCCUGUGUUACUGGAGGGAGAAACGAGUGCGGGAAAAACCUCAAUUGUUUGUUAUCUUGCUCGAUUAACUGGAAAUGCCAUAGUGCGCAUCAACAACCAUGAGCAUACCGACGUUCAAGAAUAUAUGGGGUCUUAUAUUGGCGACGCUGCUGGACGACUUGUUUUCCAAGAAGGCGCUCUUGUAAAAGCCGUUAGAGACGGUAGCUGGGUCAUUCUAGACGAACUAAAUCUUGCCCCUACCGAUAUUAUCGAAACACUGAACAGGUUACUCGACGACAACCGCGAAUUGUUUGUGCCUGAAAUGAAUACAGUGGUCCAUGCUCAUCCACGUUUUCGUCUCUUUGCUACACAAAAUCCAGCUGGAACAUAUGGUGGUCGAAAGCGGCUCUCCCGUGCAUUAAUGUCUCGAUUUGUGGUGCUGAAGUUUGACCAUUUACCGCUAGACGAGCUUUCUUCCAUGGUAUGCGUCCGUUGUGGCGUGCACCCUUCAGCAGCUACAAGAAUGAUUAAUGUAUUGUCAAAACUUCGGUUGAGGCGUUCGAUAAGUGGGCUGUUUUCAGCGAAAGACGGGCUCAUGACCUUGCGAGAUGUGUUUCGGUGGGCAAAGCGUCUUGCCACGGAUACUACCUGCGAAGACUGGCUUCAGAUAUUGGCAAAUCACGGAUAUUUUCUUCUUGCUGGACGAUGUCGCAACCAGAAGGACGUGGAUGCUGUCGUAGAGACUCUAGAAAGCGAAUUGAAACGGAAGAUUGAGCCAUCAAAACUUUUUGCGUCCGACUCCCCUUACAUGCCAAAAGGGGUGGAGUUAGGAAGCAUCGUGUUGACUCUGGGAAUGAGGAGAAUGCUGGUUAUGACUGAACAGGCGUGGCUUCGAAAUGAAGCAGUUUUGUUGAUUGGAGAAACUGGAGGUGGAAAGACUAGUCUUGCACAGGCAAUGGGAAAGGGAAAACUAACCACUAUUAAUUGUCAUGAAAGAACUGAAACAGCUGAUUUUCUGGGAAGAUUGCGACCUAGGGAGGACGGAGGAUUUGCAUGGUCUGACGGAAUAAUUAUAUCAGCAAUGAAAGCGGGUGUUCCUUUGUUAAUUGAUGAAAUAUCGCUUGCUGAAGACUCCGUAUUGGAGAGGUUGAAUCCUCUGUUCGAAGAGGAUCGGACGUUGCUGUUGUCGGAUGCUGGCGUAGAAGCGCACCCUGUUAGUGCGAAGGAGGGCUUCCAAAUGAUCGCCACCAUGAAUCCCGGAGGCGACUACGGAAAGAAAGAGCUAUCGAAAGCUCUGCGAAACCGUUUCACCGAAGUCUGGUCUAGCUGCGAGUACGAAACAGACGAACUGUCAGCUAUUUUCGACUCCAGAGUUGCUAAGAAGCUAGGCGAAUCCAUUGACGAGUCUAUACGACCGCCCUCACACAUAGUGGUUGACUGGAUUGCUGCGUUUUUCAAAAAGCAUAGUCAUGUGUUCAGGCAUUAUCCAUCAGUUCGAGAUAUCGUAGCAUGCGCGGAGAUAUUUGCGGCAUGUGUGGCUAAAGGAUUGGGUAGAUCAACAGCUAUCUACGAGGCCAUAUCAUCCGCGUUUUUGGAUGCUCUUGGAGGUCUACCUGUACGGAUGAGCGUCGAUAUUGGAAAAUUACGAAGUGAUGCGAAAGAAUUACUGCAUCAUCUCUCAUCCGACUAUGAAGCAUUUUCUGAGACUGCACUUGUUUUAUGCGAGGGCGCGAAUGGCUUGAGGGUUGGACCAUUUACUGUUGAAAAUGGUCCACUGCCUCCAGUGAAGCCUAAGUCAUUUUCACUCCGGGCUCCAACAUGUGUUUCGAACUUUUAUCGGAUAGCAAGAGGUCUCCUAAUAAAUAAGCCAAUUUUAUUGGAAGGAUCUCCCGGUUGUGGGAAGUCAAGCACAGUAAUGGCCUUAGCACAGCUGACUGGACAUCCAUUGACAAGGUUGAACUUAUCCGAUCAAACGGAUCUGUCCGAUCUUUUUGGUAGCGACGUACCUAUGGUGACAGAUGAUGGAAGCAUCUCCUUCUGCUGGAGCGAUGGCCCAGUUUUACGAGCUAUAAAAAGGGGAGAAUGGGUACUUCUUGAUGAGAUGAACCUUGCGUCACAAUCGGUCCUUGAAGGUCUCAACGCAUGCUUCGAUCAUAGAAGAGUUUUGUACAUAGCCGAGCUUAAUCGCUCGUUUGAGAUUCCACCGGGUAGCAAUUGCCGCUUCUUUGCUUGUCAGAACCCGCGGAUGCAAGGUGGAAAUCGGCGAGCACUUCCGAAGUCUUUCGUCAAUCGCUUUACAAAUAUUUACAUUGAAGAUCUCACAGAGGAAGACAUUUUAUUCAUUUUGAAAGAGCAACUCGCAGCCGCGCAACUUGACGACAAUUAUCUUCGAGCAAUGGUGAACAUCACAAUGCGUCUGGCAUCGCAACAAAACCUCCACGGUGGUCCUUUCUCCUUCAAUCUUCGAGAUCUGCUGCGGUGGAUACACCUCUUUGAAAAGAAUGGUGAUAUGACGAGUUGUUUCGAUACGUUAUAUGUGAGAAGAGUGAGAAGAGAGGAAGACCGUCGAAAGCUGCGUGAGCUUUAUGAAGAACUGUUUGGAGAACCGUGCAUUACUCCUCCAGUGGUGAUCUCUGCUGAAAAAGAUGAUCUAAUUGUUGGAAAAAUACACUUACCGCGGAAAAGUGGUAUUGUUACGAACCGUCAGUCGCAUCUCCUAUUGCCUAGCCAAUACGUGCUGAUGUAUCAGCUCUCUGUUUGCGCAUAUAUGCAGUGGUUGUGCCUCUUGGUAGGGCCUAGAAAUUGUGGGAAGCGCUCUACGUUAGAAAAUUUGGCACAUAUGUGCGGCAUUAAACUUCAUACUAUCAUCCUCAAUGCAGAAACUGACGCACAAGAGCUUAUAGGUUCAUACGAACAGGUGAUUGACGACUCCCCGAUUCUGGAAGCUAAGAACGCCAUCGGGGAAAUGCUGAGCCCGUAUGCUGAACCCUCAUGUGUUGACAAAAUUGUCGCAGCUGGCGACAUGACAGAGUUGGAAACAGUAACCGAACUGGUGUUAGCCGAAAUGAAAGAAAAUGUGGCAGUCACUGAUCAGUGCCGUGAGAUACUCGCUUGCGCGGCUCGAUCAGCUAUGCGUUUCGAGUGGCGUGACAGUCCUUUCGUGAAAGCUUAUUUGGAGGGACACUGGCUACUCAUCGAAGAUGUCAAUUUGUGCAGCGCCGCUGUAUUAGAUCGUCUCAAUAGCUGCCUCGAAAGCGAAGGAAGCCUAGUGAUUCCAGAGCGCCAAUCCUAUUUUGAGCCUUUGGAACCUCACCCAAACUUUCGCGUUUUCUUGUCAAUGGAUCCACAAAAUGGCGAAAUAUCCCGUGCCAUGCGGAAUAGAAGCGUCGAGAUAUUUGUUGGCGAAGAGCAGCAAUGGUAUAAGCAUCCUUUGGAUGUUGCAGCGGUGACAUCAUCUCCUGCAAAACAAGUACCACUCAGGGUAUCGGAAGCGCUCUGUUCUUUGUCUGCAGAAAAUCAGUUGCAUUUUGCUGCGCUACUAAGUGAAAUGUCGGUGCCGGAAGCAUGUAGAACAUUUGCUCUGCCAUGCCCCGACGUGGAUGACAGCAAAGAAAAUGUCAUACGAUUUCCUUUCGAGAGGGAUGUUGGAACAGAGAGUUAUGAUCUAUGGAUGAUUGAGUCUUGGAAACUGUGUGGCGCAUCAGAUAUAUCUUCUGCCUUGCUGCUUUCUUUUCUUUCGACUUCAACGGCCGCAUUGAAAAAUAAUUUCUUCCAUCGUGUCUUUGGAGAUUACACCCAACCUAUUGCGUCGAGUCUACAAAAGGUUGCCGGACCUUUGAAUUGUUCUCGUCAUGCUAUCGACCCUCGCUUCAAUGGAGGAAAGAUAAAAGACAACGUUGCCAAAGUUAUUCAAAGAUUUGUGGCUACAGCUGUGUCUCAGUGGUUUAGUAGAGAAUUACGCUUGAUACCCUUGUCACAAGAGUCUGCGGAACAUUUGAGUCGAACCUUGUCAAAAUAUGAAAUGUCAAAUGUAGACGUAAACUUCGUCAAUCUACAAAUUAUUGCGAAUGCAGUCGACGCUAUAGCUGAAACUGUUUCAGAACUGCCAGCGGAUGAGGAUGAGGUGUUCAUGGUUUGCCUUCGACUUCUCCUUUUCGUUGUGGCUGCCCGUAAACCACUAGAUGCACGCACGGGAUGUGCACUUCUUUAUAUUGCAUGGGAGCAAGUCCAGCGUGUGAUGCUGAAACAUAGAUGCACUCCCAUCUUGAAAAUAGCUCAACAGAUGAACAAGGGAUGGUCGCUGGAUGCCUAUCAACGCUUUGUGGACGAUUAUUUGCCGUUGUAUGAGAAGCAUCGACUAGUUGAUCCGUUUGCUAGCAAUGAAGAGUGCCAGAGAUUUGCCUCCAUAAUCAACUUCAAACCGAGCGAUGGAAUGGAUGUCGACAAAAUUGUACCACCUACGGAAGAUGAGGAUGUAGUAUUCACGCAAAAGCCUUCUCCGAUCGCCAACACCUUGCAUUUGAGUGCACUUAUGAAGAAAUUGCAUGCUUUCCUUGCUACAGGAGCGUUCGAUUCGGAUGAAAAGAUAUUUGAUGGUCAACAGGCAUUGAUAGCUUUGAACUGGAAGUCAGAUUCGUGUAGAAAAGCUGCUCAGAAUGUGGCAGUUUUGAACAACGAAUAUCUCGAUGGCAACAAGGUUUCUUGGCUGAGAUUCAGCGGUGCUUUCGCAACUGUCUUGCUCUCUUUCUGGCAAGGCAUUGAUUUUGAUCCAACAAUGAGAGCUUUGGCGGCAUCACAUCUGUCCCAGUUUGAAUUGAACUCGCUGGCAAAGCAGCUAUGGCAUUUGGCACCAAAUUCUGCACGACUUACAGGACUGAUAUCAAAGCAGCUUGGAUCUCUACCUUCCUGCGUUUCACCUUGGUGUCCUGGUCAGGAGAACUGUCAAGGAUGGACUAAGGCUCUGGAUUCGGCCAUUAAAGUGAUGGAAAAUGCACUGCCACCUCCCGAAACAUUAGAUCCUGUCGUAUUUAAUGAGCAAAGAGCCAACUACCGAUCAUUAGCGCACAGUGCGGUCAGCAAACCUCUGUCAGUGCUAGCAGAGUGGCGAAAGAGAGUGUCCGGGCAACCGGCUGAGUGUGAUUCGCGGUCUCCACACCCCGUCAUAGCUGCAAUUUGGCGCGCUCGUCAAGAAUUGGAAGAGAAUAAUAUUGACUCGAAUCUACCCCAUGUUUUUCGUCAGAAGUCCAGUCAAUAUUCGGCUUUGUGCAGCGAAAUGAGAUCGUUUUUGGGAGUGGCAUGCAGUGUGACUCCAAUGCUUCGAAAGGUACUCAGUGAUGUCGAAAACUUAGGGAAGGAGUGGGAUUCUUCCCAGCUCCAGUUAGUUCUGGCUCAACUCAAGUCGUUUGCUAUGAGCGCUGUUAGUUUUAAGCAGAAACUUCUGGACAAAUUCGCGUCAUUUGUGGAUAUCUCAGUGACAUUCUUACACGCCCUUGACAUCUUCGUAUGUGCAUUAUAUGAAGCUUGUGGCAUCAUGGAGACAGUUGAACGACGUCGGGAACUGCAAAUCAGCACUGACUUCCCCAUCAAUUUCCAGCUCACGCUGUCCGAGGAAGGAUUACAGAGCCCAGAAUUGCUCUCUUGGGCUUCCCGCGAUGCUUCACCCAUGCCACUCCGUUUGAAAGCAGCUGUGGUACGACAUAGAGUUUCUAUUGGCAUUGACCCUGUGUCUGACUUGGAAUGGACGAGACAUCAGUGGCAAAAAUGGUAUGAGAAGAACAUAGCGCGAGCUGCGGAGAAAGAUUUUGUCUACAAGAACAAAACCGAAGAGGAAAAGGAUGAGCUGGAAAUUGAAGAAUUCUUCUCUGAAUACCAACAAGACCGUGAAAUCCUACUAGAAGAUGAUUUGGUAUCCCUGUUAAAGGCAAGCUUCGCCGCUUCCACUCGUAAGGAAGAUCUCAUGGACACAAACUACCGCAUAGCUUUGGUAUGGAUACAACAUAUUCUCUGUGGCUUGCGUUACUUCGAGCAGGAUUUGCAUGCUGCAACAACCGAUUCCAAUCUCACUUUGGUGAAAGAGCUGAUCUCACGCAUCGACUCGGAUAAUGAUGCUGUAGUAGAUGUAUAUCGCGCAGCAUCUUUACAGCAGUGCCGACGAGCUGCUGCCAUUCUCGAAAAACUUGCCGAACGCACAAAAAUCAUCAGAGAACGCUGGCCAGAGCAUGUCUCACUGAAGCUAAUUCUGGAGGCCAUUAACGACUUCAAGAAUGCUGGCUUAUCUACAUCUCACAUGAAGAUGGCCACACUUGUCGAGCACAUAAUCGAACAAUCUGAGGAAUGGGAAAAAAUGGCCGACAGAGCCAACUCCCUACGCAGUGAGCUAAAUGACGUUCGCGAACUUCUUGUCGAUUGGAAAAAGAUGGAGGUCCGGUCGUGGGCAGAAUUACUGAAUCGAACAGAAAAUGAUGCGCAAGCCAGCGCCUUGCUUGUUGCUUUCCCUCUAUUCGAUGCUCUAUUCAAAGCCGAUAAUGUGGAAUCCUCUACUGCGCUUUGCGCUAUGGCAACGGAAUGGAUUACAAAUGCUACCUUGUUGGAUUACAAAACUCGGAUCGAAACAGUCCGCUGCCUCUCCAACUGGGCUGCCUCACUUGGGAAGUCUUUAUUAGGAUCCAAACUGGGCUCAAUUGCUGCACACUUUAAACAGUACUUGGAGAUUGUGGAGCAGAGACUGAAGGAAGCUAGAGAACCAGCCGAAAGAAGUCUGAAAGACUAUGUAAAGAUUGUGAAGUACAACGACUUGAAUCUUUGGAACAUCAAAGUGUCGUCUCAGAAAGCACAUACACAUCUUUUCAAAAUUGUUCGCAAGUUCAAGGAAUACGUCAGCCUCCCAGUCGCAGAAUAUUUCGAUGUGCUUAUCCAGCCAAAUAUGUCAGUUGCUUUGAAGACUGUCAAUUUGUCAGAGGCUAACUUAGAAGGGCGAGUACGUAGGGCGAAGCAGUUAGCCAGUGAUAUCGUUACUCAAGCUGAGAAUUUGUGCGACACUUCAAGCGCUUUGGAAUUGAUGGAACAAACGAAAUCUUGUGAUGAGAUGAUCAAGGUGCAGAUCGAUUACCAAGGAGAGGAUGCAGAAAAGGAAAAACAGCAAGGAUAUGCGCGAAACUCUAGACAACGAGCAGUAGCUAUGGUCAUAAAAGAGUCGCAGUCCAUUGGAUUAAAUGCUCGCAAAGCUGUUACGCUAAAUCAGGAGCAACUCACGGAAAGUUCAUUGACGGAAGUGCAAGAAGGACGAGGCUUGGAGACUUCUGUUCGCAACUGCGCGGGCGGACGAAACGCGUGUUUGCGAAAAGCUGUUGCGCCAAACGAUCAGCUGGGUGUCGCAACGCGAAGACAUCUUAUUGGUGUUGUUGACUACGGUAUGGCCUGGAUCCUCAAGUGUCACAAAAAUCUGGCGCUGUGGGAAGAGUCUUCGGAAGGCUUGGUUGGCAAUCUGGAAGCCUUGAAGCGACUGCAGGCAAAUGUGAAGGCUGACUGGUAUGUCGACCACGAGCGUUUGUCAGAGUCUUGGGAGAAAAUCCAAGCGCAAACAGGGGAGCUUCUGCGACUUACCAAUGCUAUGCAUUCACGAUUGACAGACGUCCCUGCGCGAGAAGAGUUCGACAAUGAACCACCUGCGUUUGAGCAUCCGCUAGCGCGACUUCACUCAGAAAGUCCUGAACUAGUCGAGCUGCGAAAAGCUGUUGCUGAAGCAAAUAAAAUCUGCCGAGAGAUGCACGAGAGUGCUAUAAAAAUGUGUGCUGAUCGUCAGGUGGAAAUCUACGAAGGAGAAUCAGUCAUAUCGUCAAUGGAGAAUCUUCGUUCAAAUGCUGAUACACUGAAGAAUAGCGUCAGCACGCUACGAGAUUAUUUCGAGUAUGAAACAACAAAAAUCGAGGAGAUUCGAGUGAAUCUGGAUUCUAUGCUCAAGGUUGAUAGGAUUGAAACACGAACGGUUGCUGUGUCGAUUGAUGACGCGCUUCUUUUUAUACAAGGUCUCUACAAAUCCCUGAGUGACACGCAAAAGUCAAGUUUUACUGAAAUGAAGCUAAUGGAUCGAUUUGAGCUGCUUGUCAAUCUUAUGUCUGUUGCCGAUUUGAAAAAGAUUAACACCUGGAUUACAUCAAUAAUCACGAAUGCCAAAGUUGGCAUUUUGCCAGAGAUGUUGGAUGAUCUCAUCUGCGUUGUGGAGAUCCUUACUUUCUUAGUUGACAACUGGAGCCGAAAUACUUCACAAGCCUUGCAGUCGUUCUCGCUUCUCUACCAUGCAAUUCUCUCCAUGAGUAUGCAGCUUUUUGAGAAGGGUUAUGUGAAUCCAAUACCGAAGGCAGAAAAGCAGGAAUCUGGCCAAGGAGAGUCUGAAACUGGCGAAGGCGGAGGCAUGGGCGAAGGAGAGGCGAAAGGAGAUGCGAAAGAUGUCACAGAUGAAAUGGAAGAGAGCGGACAGAUUGAAGGGCUUCAAAAUGAAGAGCAAGAACCUCCUACUGGUGACGCCGGUCAAAAUGAGAAGCCGAUUGAUAUGGAUGAGGAUUUUGCUGAAGAUCUGCAAGACAUUGAUCGUAAUGAGAAAGGAGAUGAUGCUAACUCUGGCGAAGAAAGUGAAGAAGAGGCAGAACCUGAAGACAAGAUGGGUGAAGUCGAUGACGCCGAAGACCAGCAGCUUGAUCCAAAACUAUGGGAUGAAGAAGAAAAGGACAAGGAGAACAAGGAGAUGGAUCAAGACAGUGCAGCGGCUGAAAAUAAAACUGAUGAGUUGGCAGCGAAGGACGAUAGUGCAGUUGUAGCAGAUGAGGGAAAAACAGAGGAAGGAAAUGAUGAAGGCAAUGAUGAUGAGACUGUUAAAAACGAUGUUGAAAAUGUCGACGAACGUGAAGUAGAGCAAGAUGCUGAGGACAUGGAUGCUGGAGAAGACGAUCAAAAAAUGGAAGAAAGCAAAGAGGAGGUAACAGACGAGGUAGCGCCUACAGAAGAAGAGCAUGCUGAAGGGGAUGUGACUGACGAAGAAGACGCUGACAACAACCCUAUUGAAAAUGAGAACCUAGAGGAGGAGGCUGAACCAGAUGGCGCUAACAAGAACGUCGAUAAUGCAGAUGAAGACAAUUCGGAAGAGAAAAUGGAUGAAGCUGAAGCUGUAGAGCAAGGUUCUGGAGGGCAUCAGAAAGAAAACGAUAAUAAGGAGAACGAGAAUGGAGGCGUCAAUGAAGAGGAUGAAAAUGAAAAGGAAGAAAACGGCAAGGGACAAAAUAAAAGCGAUAAUCGUGGCGAGGAAGGUAAAGGCGCUGAAGCAGAGAAGGAAAAGACUGCAGACGAGAAGGAUGAUGAAGAAUCUGCUGAGGAGGACGAGAAUGUAGAAAACAAGCGCGAACUUGCUCAAAGUGAUAAAACUGCUGAAGAAGAGAAGCAAGGUGAAGGUGAAGAAGAUCAAAUGGGAAAGGAUAUGCAUGACGCACCCAUGGCAGAACGAGAGAUGGUUGGGGCUGGAUCCUUAGAAGAAGCUAGAGAGUCCAAGAAAACAGAUACAGAACGAAAACCAACUGAAAGAAAACGACGAAAAAUAGGAGCAGACGAAGCUGCUGAUGCACCUAUAGAACAUGAUGAUACUGCUGCCGAAGAACAACAAGCUUCUAUACAUCUGGCACCAGAUCAAAUGUUUAACUUGAUAGAGGAAAUGACCAAAGAUCUCACACUUGGUACAAGAGAGCAAAAUGAUCUGAAGCAAGAUAGGGAAGAAGGCAGCAAACCUAGUCAGGAUCCCGCUGAGGCCAAACAGCAAUGGCUUAAAAUGAGUCAGACCGUUAGCAUGCUCGCUGCUGAACUUGCCGAAAACCUGCGCUUGAUUCUCGAACCUCAGCGAGCUAGCAAAAUGCAGGGAGACUAUCGCACAGGCAAGCGACUGAAUAUGCGGAGGCUCAUACCGUAUAUUGCAAGUGAAUACAGAAAAGACAGGAUAUGGAUGCGAAGAACGAAGAAAGCUCAGCGAGACUAUCAAGUUGUUAUCGCUGUCGAUGACUCAGCAAGUAUGAACGAAAAUGGAGUGCGCGAGGUUACAUGUGCAUCGGCUUGUGUGAUUGAGGAUGCGCUGCGACGAUGUGACGCUGGAGGUGUUUCCGUAUGCUCAUUCGGUAGUGAUGUUAGAGUUAUAAACGCAUUCGGUGAUAACAUGAUGCUUGGCCCGGAGUUGUUGCAAAAGCUUUCUUUCGACCAAUCGUCUACUGAUCUCGUUCUACUCUUGAAACAUGCUAAACAAAUGCUCUACAAUGUGAGAACACCAACCAGUGAGCAACUACUUAUAAUCAUCUCGGACGGACGAGGAGCGCUGGCGCAAGGAGCGGACAAGAUCAAGACCGCUUUGUCGGCGCUUCAAGGUGUAACUGUCCUGUUUGUUAUACUAGAUUCUGGCCCAAAAUCAAUCACUGAUCUGUCAGUGGCUUCUUUCCAAGGAGGAGAUGUGACGCUGACGCCGUAUCUAGCAGUCUUUCCUUUCCCAUUCUACACUAUUAUCAAGAAAAUUAGCCAGCUGCCUCCUGUUUUGACGGAGUCUAUACGGCAGUGGUUUGAGAUGACGGUACGUACUAACUCUAUCUGAUUAAAUUUUAAUUAAAAUUUUUAUUAUGCGCUACUAGGUUUUCUUUGUUGAGUUUGAUUGUUAUUUUACGCUGUACAUUGGAUUGUUAAUUGUUGCUUCCAUUGUUGAUCUUUUAUUGUUGAAAGUGAAAUAUUUAUCGG